AUGGCUAACAACACCACGUUCUCCGACAAGCUUCCUACAGUAUCUCAGCAGGCAACUCUACGUAAAUCCGUUUCUGCCAUUGGUUUCAAUGGAGGGACGACAGAAAAGAACUGGAAGAAUUUUAAAGUACUUCUCGUGAACUACGUUUACGAAAAUGCCGCCAUCUUCAUGAUAACAGAGGAUGGUCUCGUGAUGAGCUCUUCAUCGAUAAACGAUCAUCAUCUUGAUAUGACUGCAACUGCGCUGACACCUUAUGAACAGGUGCUUUCACAAGGUCGUGCCGUUUCAAGUGCUUCUCUGACUUCUCAUCCAACUCCUCUUAAGGAGCAUUCCAGCGAUGGGCAGCAGAGGUUGCAGAAUCAUGGCGUAGUUCCUGGAGCUCAGUUGCUGCACCAUGGAGGUUUCUUUUCAAAACCCAUUGUGCGUUCAAAUGAAGAAAGCUUCCGCUACCUUAUGGCUCUUGACCGCUGA